AUGACAUCGCAUCAAGGAAUCCAGUUCUUGAAAAAAGUAUGCUUGGAUGUCUACCAAUGUGGUCCAUUUUUACAAGGAAAUGCUCGUGGUGAGAUAUUAACAUUCACACACAUACCACCCGGGGCGGGAGAUGGCAGAGGCGAUGGGUACAAGUUCGCAAUUGGCAGGACUCUUUCAGCUGAAAAACACAAAGGCUUCCCAAUCUCAGAUUUGUAUUCGCCGAAUGAAGAGCGUGAAGAAAGAUUUGUGUCUGCAGACGAAAGUGGACAGAUCUGUCUGUGGAACAGAACGGACAUGACAGUAGCCUGCGCGAAGAGAAAAGAUGACUGUUUUAGCGAUCCAUGUAACUCAGUAAGAAUACGACAAAACGUAAUAGCAGGCGGAUUUGCUUUCGGAAAGAUACUUCUUUUUUCUGCUGACUGUGGUUCUAUGUUAGUGGAGAUAAACGCGCACUGCAAAUCUAUCAUGGCUAUAGACUUCUCAGAAGACAUGACGGUGGAAUUAGCUCAUGCUGAUUGCAUGGAAAAUAUGACUUUGACUGGAUGCUGCUUCUUAGGCAACUCCAAAUUUGCCGUUGCUGCGUACGACUACGCUGAGAUCCAUGUUUUCUCCAUUUCAUAG